AACGCAUCUCUACGAAGUGCAUCUUCUAUCUUUCACAUUUACACUCCUGUUCGGACCGAACCCACAAUUCACACCAAGCCUUUUCGCCUCACCUUCAAACCUCAGAAUUCACAAUGCCACUCUGCACCCUCCACCUCCUCGCCCUGCACACAACGACCCCCAACCCGCUCUCCACAUUCCUCUCAACCCUGAAGUCAAGCUCGGUCAGACCUCUCGUAGUUUCUCGGGUAAUCCGAUGGAUCAUCCUGCCAACGAAGAUUUCAACUGAGCAUCUCCUGGCCCGCAACAUAAAAUGGGACAUCCUCCUUAUCCUAUCCAGCACGGACGAUCUCCCGGGUGAGAUUGCAAAGCUCGUUGAGCACCACUGGAGCGUGACUGCCGGCGUUCCUUCGCGGUUGACCAAGGACUUUGAAAAGACGAACAGGGGGUUACUGCAUCCUGACCCGGCAACCGUACCACCUCUCAGCAGCUCGAACGAGAAGAAGACAACACAGUCAAGCCAGGAUCUCGAACUCUCAGCCGAAUUAAAUGUCUGGGUCGAUGAAUUUGUUCGUGGGAGUGGAAGGGAGGGUAAAGGCGCGGUGUCCAUGUUCAAUCUCCUCGCUUUUAAUACCGGAAUGAAGGAAGAGUAUCUCAAGUACGGCGCUGCAUUUGCGAAGAGCAUUGGGUCCAGGCAUGGAGGCAACGCCAAAAUCGUGGGGAAUGUCACGGGCGUCAAUGGGCAACAAGAGAAGCAAGAGGAUGGUUGGGAUGAAAUUGCGCUGGCGCACUACCCUAGCAUCGAGCACUUUAGGGAUAUGCUGACGAGCAGGGAUUACCAAGAAGUGAAUCACAAGCACAGAGUGGGGAGCUUGAGGGAUACGUGUAUACUGAUGACGAGCGAGAUUGGUAUCGAAGAGAUUUUGGGCGAGGGAAGGGCGAAGUUGUAAGUACUUUGAGUAGGGCGCCGUUCAGCCCUUUCUUUUUUCGUGGGGGUCAAAGUAUACAUGAACCACACACAGUCCGCUUGGACCAUCGUGUU